GUCUGUGGACUAGCAUUUUCGGCUCAUGCCGACCUUCAGCCCUUCAGCAGGCUGUACAAAGAACUUUUACACAAAUCAUACCGCUUCCCUGAAGUGGGAACCAAUGACGUAAACUUACUCAAGCGUACGAACGUUGCCGCCCGACUUGAGGGACAUGAAAAGAACCUGAGAAACGACAUUCAACUUCUCGGGGAAAGUAUGGACCAAAAUUCGGAAGAACAGACCACGCUUGAUGAGCUGCUUCAACUCAUCGGCAAAAUUCGAGAUGCUAUCCAGCAGUUUCAGUCCCUUGGCAGGAUGUACUAUCAGGAGAAGGAGCAAGAGGCAACGGUGGGCAGGUCCUCCGGGCAAACUAGCUAUGCAUCAGCAGCGGCUGCGGCGACCGUGGCAGAACCGUCUGGAGCACAGAAGUCCUGGUCUGCAACAACAACAACAACACCUACUCAGGCGACAAAUUCUACUGAAAGUCGGUUAGCCGAGGCAAACGAUAUUUCACGGACACUCGAAGAGUCGAGAGAGGCUAUUCAGUUGUUUAGGACGCUGCAACAAUCUAUCAGCACAUCCUCUGUUCAUGUCUUGGACGGAAGCCAGCUGCAGGACCUCCAAGUCGUUGCUGAGCGUCUGAAGGCCAUGCAGGAAAAGGUGCAAUCCCUCAUCAAUGCAGUCGUUGGUGGAUGUUCAGCCGACAUCACUGAAGACGUUGAAACGGCUCUGGCGGAUUUGAUGAGCGUGAACGACGAGCUCCUGCAUUGUAUUGAAAACUACCAACGGACGGCGGAGACAGAUAAGUUGCAGGCGGCGAGUAAGUGGACAGCGGGAGCAAGAACAUUCGAAGCAGCAGCAGCGACAUCAACAGCGCCGGCAGGGGCAGAUAUUUCGGCUGGGCUUACGACCAAAACUCCUUUGACAGAAGCUGACGAUGUUCAACAAACGCUCCUAGAGGCGAGAGAGGCUCUUCAGCAGUUUAAUGCGCUUCAACAGCAUGCGAGUUCAUCUUCUGCUCAGGUGGCUGAUCCAACGCGGAUGGGAGAUCUCAAAGUAAGGGUUACAUUUAGUGAGUUUACCUAA